AUGGCUCCCCCCGGCUCCUCUCAGCGGGCGGCGGCCGUGUCCAGGGAGUUCUUCGGCAAGCUGCGCGCCCUGGCCCUCACGCUGGAGAGGGAGGCGAAGCAGCUGGAGCGGGCCCUGCGCCGGGAGGAUGAGGACUAUGAAGAAGAAUCUCCAAUAAGAGUCUUACAGGACCUGCACAGUGAAAUCAGGACUCUGAAGGAAGAUGUUAAUGCCAGUCUUGGUAAGAGUUGUUCUGAAAGGCAAGAAAUUAAUGAUUUUAUAAAGGCAAGUGAAAUAUUGAUGCAAAGAAAUGCAGCGGAUCUGGGAAAAAUAAGAGAGCUGUUCCAGAAAUAUGGCUACAAACCACGUGUCAAAGUUUCUACAGAGGAGCAGGAAGAGGAAGUUAACAGUGAUUCAAAGUUGUCUGCCCAGAAUAAAUCUGAUGAAGAAAAAGCAGAUGAUGUACAUCAUCUUCCUACUUGUACUGAGAACCCACUGGUGCCCAGAGACCCAAUGCGUAACCCCCAACUUUCAGAUUUUGGUCUUUCACAAUAUGCUUUCUCUAGGCCUUGGAGUGCAGUAAAUAGACAGCAAGCAGCAAAUUCACAACAAGAAAAUUCAAAAGCCAAGACUCCACUAAAAACACAUACCCCCUGUAUUUUGCCCAAAACACCAAAAUGUAUGCUCAAAAUGGAUGACUAUGAGUGCUUAACACCAAAACUUGAACACUUUGGCAUUAGUGAACAUACCAUGUGUAUGAAUGAAGAUUAUACAAUGGCACUUAUUCGUAAAACUACUGAGACAAGCAAGAACUUACUUAAAAAAGAUGAUCAUGAAGUGAAUGUAGCAAAAACGACGUCCAAGGAAAUCAUGGUUACACCUGGGCCAAAAGCAGAAACAACAGACAAGAAUGCAGCGGACUGUAUGGCUUCUCCUAUGGUACCCGUGUUCUGUACGCCUGGUUUGAAAAUCCCUUCCAGAACAGAUAGUACAGUGUUAUCCAAGUCACAAGAGAUAAACAAACUGCUUCUUCCUAAUCAUACAGGAACGCCACCACUUCCAGAUUUUGAAACAAGAUGGCUAAAGGUAAAGCUGGGGGAAAAGAGUGAGUCACUGACAGAAAAUGAUGCAAAAAUAAAACAAACCAUAGAAGAUAGCGUUCCUCCUACUGUGAGCUCCGAUGAGUAUCUUAAACGUUUGGGAGACCCUUCUCCUCCUAAAAUAAAACAGUACGACCAUUUACUCAGUACUCCUCCACCUCCAGAAAUAACAAGGAUACCAGAUGAUGUUCUACAGAUUCUGUCAAAGUAUAAUCAUAAAGUAGUAGACUCUUCUAAAGCCAAGAAAAUGGAGACUAAGGCAGGAGGCACUACAAGAUUUGAAAGUGAUUUCACUGAUUACUGCAACAAAGAGAACAGAAAGCCAGUUGUCAUUACUCAGAUGUUCCAGUACUCAUGGUGGUUGCGUGUGUCCCAUCAACAUCUGUAGCAGAUAUUGGAGCUGCCCUGGAUUUUGGGAGUACUGUUCACAGUCCCAUGCCUUGUUUCUCCAUGGGAGAGUAAUACAGAGAUUGUGGCAUUUAUAAGGAGCAGUGACAGCAUCCAGUGGCUGCACUAUGGAAUCGCAUGCAUGCUGUUCCACAGAAAUACAACUUUCUACUAAAAAUAUAUCAAUUGAUACCGGCUAAUUUUCAAUCAACCGGAAGGUAAAACUUCUUGCUAUUCCUACGGUAAUACCCACUUUUACAAGGGGCAGCUGACAAAAUAGCUAGGAGCUGACCGGGUCCAUGCACUGCUUUGGCCUUGUCUUGUCUAAUUCAAGUUGAAAGGUUUUAAAAAGAUGGCACAAAUAUGGGAAAACGGUCCAUGGAAGAACAUGCUCUGCUACAUGGGCAUUUCUCCUAGGAAAAGAUCAAGCAAAGGAUGGUUGCAUUGCAGAGUCCGCGGCAGGAAAGUGUUCAAAUGCCUUCAUGAUGCGUUCUUGGUUAAAGCCCUGCAGUUCUGCUCCCUACUGAUUGCUUAUGCAGUUGUUGGAAACCAAUAUAAGGCCUUGCUGCACAGUCCUGCCUUUCCUCUCCCCCAGUUGCAGGCUCCCAUGCCCUUGGUUGCAUCACUGCAGUUGCUGCUGUGGCUGCCUGGGAAGGCUUUCCUGCUCACCCAGCUGCCAGAACUAAUUGCUAUUUUGCAAGGUUACAUUACUCCUGGGCUCUGCGCUGACCCAAAUCACUGCUCACCUGCAAAGGCACUGACUGGUGCUGGGGCAGAAGGGAAAGGGCCAGGUGGAGGGUGAGCACAGGUGUCCUUUUUCACCAGCAGUUUAAGCAGCUCGUGAAACCACAUCCUUGCAUAUAGGCAUCGAGCUGGCUUGGCUGUCUGUACAGCUGUUUUGGUAAGGUUUUUUGUGGCCACAGCUCCAUGAGAAGUUCAAGGGCAGCUGAAGCAGCUCCUCUUCUUCACUCCAGCACCCAUCACUCCUCCUCCUGAGCCCACUUGCAGAUAAUACUUUUUUUUUUUCCUGCCAUGUCACAGCUGAGCCUGCUUUUGACCAGAGCUGUAAAGCAAAACUUAAGCCUUCUGAAUUGCUCCUGUCAGGAGAGCUUGGUGAUGGAGCCAGGAACAUCUCUGUUGCAACAGAAUUUACUGACGAGGCAACUGUGGUUUGUCCUCACCUCUUAAAUAAGGAGAGACUUAACCCAGACGCCAGCUCCAUCAGCAGAAAUGCAGCCAGCCUCUCCCGAAACCUCUACAUAAAAACUUUUAUGAGGGUCAAGGUCAUCACAGAGACACACACCACCCCUGGGGUGGGAGCGGGACCCCAUAACAGAGGGGCGGUGAAAUGAGAGGGGGGCUGUGGAAACAGAGCCAUUAGUCUAAGGGCUGAGAGGAGUACCAGAGAGGGAUUUGACUUUUUUCCCAUUAUGUUAAAUGAAAACCCGACAAGCAACAGCAUCAGCAGUUGUUACACAAGUUGUAACAAGGUAAUGGUGAGGGUUUUGGUGUUUAAAUAAAAAUGCAUUUGUUGCGACACACCUUCUUUCUUAUUAAGUUUUUAAAAAGCAUUGGUUUAGAUGGAUGAAAUGAGAGGGAAAAAGCGGUUCUAAGAACCAAGUUUGCUUGGGGAAGCAGAACAAAGUCCUCCAGGAAAAACAAACCUGGGGUAGCAGGAGAGGUGUGCCAAAGGAGUACAGAAACAUGAAGCCACAUCUGCGGGAGCGGAGCAGCUGAGUUAGCUGAAUGCAAAAAGGACAAAUUAAGGGAACAGUUUCCUGGGUUUUCUAGCUGGAGCCCUUUCAUCCUGCUGCACCCUGACACAGGAUGGGUUCUUCCACUUGUGCUGCCAGAAAAGUAAAAUGAGAGGUUGGGUGCCGGUGAAAGCCCGGCUGUGAAAUGAGAAGCUGUCUGUUAGUGCUGUGAGCAUUGACAGAGACAAAGAAAAACCCCACUUCACGCAGCAGCCUUGCUGAGGGACAAAAACUCCUCAUGGAAUCUCAGCAUACAAAGCAAGUCCUGCUAACUGACAGCUCCGUGUGUUGUGUUUGCUACAGCAUGCCGCUUCCUGAGCAUAUGGCAUUGCUCACUGUUGUUGAGCUUUGAGACCGUGUUUUAAUUUCUCCAAACUGCUGCCUUGUACAUAAUUUGUUCUUUUCAGCGACUGACUUCCCUCCUCAGCAUUUCCAGGAGUUUUGAAGGAGACGCAGGAGCUGCUUACUGGUGCAAUCAGCAGGUGACAACUUUCACUCACCCUUCCACCUCUUUCAACAUCUGGAUGAUUGCAUCCCAAUGUCUGGCUUCGAAACAGCUGCUGUUGGACUUGAUUGCGUAGCAGAUUUUUAAUUUAGGGACCCAUGCACCACACUGAUUUCUCAGGUGUUUUUUAAAAGAAAGGUACAGGAGUUGAACUCCCUUCACUUCUGCACGACAUCUGUGUGAGCUUUUGAAAGACAAAUCUCAACCCUGACAAAUGUUUGGCCAGAGGCACUCAGGGAAGAGGUCAGCUGAGGCUCAUAGCUGCGUGGAAGUCAUGCGAAGGUGAACUCCAAACCUAAGCAUUCAAGCUGAGGGGUUUGCUACUGAAGGCAGAUCUGCGUGUUCAUUUCCUUGUGAUUUUGCUUCUUAGGCUGCCAAACGUAAAACUGAGGGGUUGUUCCCAUUUUCCCCUGAGGUGUGCACAGACCUGCUGCGGGCUGGGAGCCUCGCUGGGCAAUGCCUCCUGUCCCAGCUGCCUCUCAGAGUAACUCCAAGUCACAGACGCCUGUAUAUUGGCUACAUUUAAUUUCUGCCAAUUAUCCGUAAGGACAUUAAAAGCCCAAGCCAGUACACAAGGAGGAGGAAAUACCAGUAUUCCUGUAACUGAAGGCCCUUCUCUGCCUUUGGUAGGAGGCUGUUCAAUGCCCUAAUCACACACUGCUUACCCCAGCAGCAUUUAUAUUCUUAAUUAAAAAAAAAAAAAAAAAAAAGGGUGGGGAGCACGACAUCCAUGCACACAGCUUCUCCUGCUCCUGCCCUUGCCUUUCUCUCAGCACCAAGCGGACACAAGCAGCGCCUGCCCUGCGGCCCCUGGACUGCUCGGGGCCAGCCAGCAGAGGAAGUCCGCCCAGGGCAGCCGCAGAAGCGAGGUGCCUUCGUGUCUCAACAUCUCCCCCUGCAGUGACAGAAGGAAACAGGCAAGCGCUGGAAAGCCUCGGGUUCGCUUUCCAUCACGGCCCUGACUUUUCGGGAGACGGCCGGGUCACCUCUUCCUUCCGUUCCUCAGGGUGCGAGGUAGCGCCAGCUGCUUCACCCCGACAGUUCUGCAGGAGAGCCGAGAAGCCCCGAGCCACCCCUUCCCCUCCGCACAGCUGCUGGACGCCCACCGCCAGCCUCCAGCUUCACUGGGGAGUUUUAAAGUUUCAGGACACCCUUGGACCAUACUUCACCAUCACCUGGCUUUGUCCUGACACCCAGGGAUUACAGCAGCUUGAGAAAUCAACACUCAAUACAAGCCCCAAUUACUUGCUAAAAAUCAUCUUACCAAGGACUAAGCAGCAAGAUUUACCCAGUUCAAGCCAAAAUAAAGCCCAAGAUUAUAUCUAUUGAUUAGAUUUGGAUAACUAAGGGAAAGGAAAGUAUUCACUUUCCCAAAACUUAUGAAGCCAAACCUGGACUUUGUCCUCUUGGUCAGAGUAUGUAUUUUCAUAACAAAUAUAUUUUCACUAUGAAAUAGUUUUGCACGUUACUUAGACAACCUCUGCCUGACAAUAUUGGAUUUCUUCUGGCCAGGUCUCUGCAGACAUUGAAGUCUUCUGACACUGGUCUCCAAAGCAGGAUGUGCAAGACAAACCAUGUAGGUAUAAAAAGAAGGUAUUUUUUGCAUUAUUAGAGGUAACAUUAAAAAAAAAAAAAGAUGAAAAACUUAUUUGUGUAGUUUUAUAAUACACGUAAUACAUUAGUAAAGUAGUAGGUGUGUGUAACUUAGAUGGGGGGGAGGGAUAAAUGUUCAAAAAAAAUUGUUAACAAUGGAGUGUGCCAUCAAGGAAGUUUGGAUCCAUCGUGCUAUAAAAAGUGACAUUCCAAGACAGCUUUGUAUUUUCCAUUUUUGAAGACAAAACCAGGUAUUUCCAGAAUUCGAGGCUGCUGUGCAAGUGUGACAAUCCAGAUCUGCCUCAGCAGCUCUGCAGUGUGCUGGGAUAUCCAGGUAUCACCAAGACCACCUCUUGAAUUCAUCAUUCAAGGCCUGUCCUCUUCUUGGAAGAAGAUGGAGCAGCCCCAGGAAGCCACAACGGUCCACCAUCAUUCUCCUCUCCAUCCUGCAGCCUUACACAGCUCACCUUUGACCUUCCCCAGACAACAUACCUACAGCAGCAGCAAGAGGAACACCAAGUCUGCCCGCUUACAGCCACAUCCUCCAUGAUCAUCCUCCAAAAUUCAGGUACCAGUGGUUUAAGGAAUCCUGCUGUAAAAGGCCACCUGUUUCUCUAAAACAAGCCCCAAAGUUACCAGAUAAAGGCCGUGACCUUCCUGUCACCGAUUUCAACUUCUGCUUAAAAGCAAACUUCUGAAUUUCU